CCAUGGCCGAGGGCAGGAGCGGCAGCGCCGGGCUCUUCGCCAGGCAGGUCCAGAAGCGCUUCAGCCGCGCCCAGGAGAAGGUUUUGCAAAAAUUGGGCAAAACGGUGGAAACCAAAGACGAGCAGUUCGAGCAGAGCGCCUACAACUUCCAGCUGCAGCAGAAUGAGGGGCACAAACUCUACAAGGACCUCAAGGGGUUCGUGGGAGCCGUGAGAGUGAUGCACGAGAGCUCCCGCAAAGUGGCCGAGACGCUGCAGGAGAUUUACAGCCCCGAGUGGGACGGGCACGGGGAGCUCCGAGCCAUCGCCGAGAGCAAUGACCUCCUGUGGGAUGACUACGAGGCGAAGCUGAACGACCAAGCCCUGCGGCUCAUGGAGAAUUACCUGGCUCAGUUCGGGGACUUUAAGGUGCCCCCCCUGCGCUACCCCUCCGGUGUCCCCUCCGUGGGACAUCCUGGGACACCCCCAGACCCCUCCGGUGUCCCCUCCGUGGGACAUCCUGGGACACCCCCAGACCCCUCCGGUGUCCCCCGCAGCCGCAUCGCCUGUUACGUCACCGUUUUCCAGAACAUCUCCAACCUCCGCGACGUCUUCUACAAGGAGAUGAGCAAGCUCAACCGGGACCUGUACGAGGUGAUGAGCAAACUGGAGAAGCAGCACUCGAGCAAGGUGUUCAUCAUCAAAGGUGUCCCCAGGAUGGAGGCUCCGGACCCAAAGUCCUGGGGCGGGCGGGCUCUGCCGAAGAUGGCUGAAGGUGGUUUUUGGGGGAGGGCUGGGGAAUUGAUCGGGGUCCUGCUGGAUGGGGGGAAUCACGAGGUGCCGGCGUCACCCCCGUGUCUCUCCCAGGGCUGUUCCGCGACACCGGAGCAGGACACGAGCCGGGACCCCUCAGGUGCUGCAGACCCCUCCCAGGAUCCCCCCGAGUCCCUCAGCGCCCUGUGACCCCACGGGAAAUGCGGCGUCUUCCCCAAAUUUAUUCCCCAGAAUGCAUUUCCCAGCCCCUAUCCCCCCAGAAAUAAAGUUAAA